AUGCAGUCGCGGCAAGUCACCAUAAUGGAAUCAGUAAUCCUUAUCCUUUUAUCGAUCCUGGGAGUCUUUGGCGGCGGAGUGACGUCCAAAACGACCUCACCCAUUGCCAACUGGCACCUGAGCGAUCCGCAUUACACGAGAGAUCAGUACGCCAAAAUCCUUGGCGAGGCAGGAGUGGGACAGGAUCCCGAUGAGAAGGGCCACAAGGGCCUGGGUCCCAUGCAGAUCCAGUAUGUCGACUACCAGCCAAAUUGCCAGCCCGGCGGAGUGCCGGUUUGUGCCACAAAUGGCACGGAUAACUUCUACUUUGAAAACGAUUGCCGCUUGGAGGCGGCCAACAUGAAGCUACUUUUCCAGUAUGGCACAGAACUGGAGCCCACGGAGAUGGAGCGAUGCCUGCCCACCUGCCAGACGAUGAAGUGCACCCAUGUGGGGCGACCAGUUUGCGCGCUGGCCGAGAUCGGAGGAGCCCUUCCCCAAACCUUCGCCAACGAGUGCGAGAUGCGACGACGCGAGUGCCACACAAAACAUGUCCUGCGGAUUCUGCACCUGGGUCCUUGCCAAACGCCCAAAAAAAGUGACCGUAAGAAGAAUCGGCGCCGCAACAAAACUAAACGCAUGGCAACAAAAGCCUCCGUUGCAAAGUUUUCUAAUGAACAAAAAAAGAUGUACCUUAUGCUGGCCACUCCAGAUCCGUGGAUCACCAGCACCACCAAUCCGAGGACCACCACACCAACCGACACGGGAAUCACCACAACUGAAUGGGCUAGGCCCACCAAACUAACGAGUAAAAGUCCCGCGCCCAUGCAAUUUCAGCAACUGAUGAAUCUGACCAAUCCCAUGGUCUCCGUUUCUCGUGCAGUGGAUGCCUAUAAUGUGUACAAUAUUCCAGAUGUGGGUCACGAUUAUGCCGAGAUCAUCGACUCCUCGCUCUCGAUGUUUCUGCCAGAAGUGGGUCGUGUCACGGAAUCGUAUUCCCGCCGAAGUAGCACCACCACAUCCACCACAGCAAAGCCAGUUUUGUUAACCACCAAAGCAACCAGGAUAAGUCAUUUAUCCACCAGCACCUUUAAAUCGAAUCUAAAGGCCAGCACCACUGAGAUUAGUGACGCAUCCACCACUGACGAUCCGCCUGCGAUGACACACGCGAUCAGCACCACUCAAGAUUCUACGAAAAAUCCACGAUAA